AUGGUGACCGGGAUCAUUCUUACAGGGAUAUCAAUCACCAGAGCCCUUGGGGGCCUCCUGUUCUUGAUUUUUUUACUGACCUACUUGGUGACAGUCCUUGGAAACACACUCAUCAUUACCCUGAUUCUUGUGGAUUACAGGCUCCAGUCACCCAUGUAUUUCUUCCUCAGCAACCUCUCUUUCAGUGAAAUAUUAACCACAACUUGUGCUGUUCCUACAAUUCUGGCAGGUUUCCUGUUAGGAAAGAAGAGCAUCUCAAUUGGUGGAUGCUUUGCCCAGAUGUAUUGCUACUUCCUUUCAGGAUGCUCUGAAUUUCUCCUUUUUGCCAUCAUGUCCUACGGCUGUUAUGUGGCCAUUUGCAGCCCCCUUCAUGCCCCUCUCCUCCACUUGGCCUGUGCUGACAUCCGUGUCAUUGAGCGGCUGGACUUCCUCAGCUCCCUUGUCCUGCUCAUCAGCUCCCUCUCCCUCACAGUGGUCCCCUACGUCUACAUCCUCUCCACCAUUCUGAAGAUACCCUCAGGCCAAGGUCAAUGCAAAGCCUUUGCCACAUGUGCCUCUCACUUCACUGUGGUCUCUAUGGGCUACAGGAUUUCCAUCUUUGUCUAUGCCUGCCCCUCACAGAAGAGUAGCCUGCAUCUCAAUAAGACCCGCUUUGUGCUCUCCAGUGUCAUCACACCACUCCUGAAUCCCUUCAUCUUCAGUCUAUGGAAUGAAUCCAUGAAAGAUGCACUGAAGGACACCUUGCCCAAGGGCCAGAACUGCCUGAAGGGGAUCAGAUCCACGUGA